AUGGAAGUGAACAACCAAACCAGGGUCCAGAUGUUUAUCCUUCUGGGUUUUCCCAGCGUUCUAGAACUUCAGAGACUACUAUUUGUAGUAUUUCUUUGUAUCUACAUCCUCGCUCUUGUGGAGAACACUAUGAUCAUCAUCCUCAUCAGGACAAAUAAUCACCUCCAAAAACCCAUGUAUCUCUUCCUCAGUCACUUGUCUUUCCUUGAGACUUGGUAUAUUUCUGUGACUGUCCCAAAGCUCCUGAUUAACUUCUUAGCAACAGAUAAAAGCAUUUCCUAUGCAGGCUGCAUGGCCCAGCUGUAUUUUUUCAUAUCCCUAGCCUGCACUGAAUGUGUCCUGCUGGCUGUUAUGGCUUAUGAUCGUUAUGUUGCCAUCUGCCACCCACUACGCUAUUCUGUUGUAAUGACAUCCCAGCUUUGCUUGCAGCUAGCAGUGGGUUCUUGGCUCACUGGUUUCCUAAUUUCUAUGCUGAAAGUUUUUUUCAUUUCACACUUGAGCUUUUGUGGGCCCAAUGUCAUCAACCACUUCUUCUGUGACAUCUCCCCUUUGCUCAAUCUCUCCUGCACUGACCGAACUGUGGCUGAAAUGGUUGACUUUAUAUUUUUAUUAUUAAUAAUAUAU